UUACACGACGUCGACGCAACUAUACAGAUUCAUUGCGGAUCGUGCUGGGAUUAUGGCAUUUAACAAUAUACCGAUCCUAUGGGUGUUCUCGCUGAGAAAUAACUGCUUUAUAUGGCUUACCGGCUGGAGUUUUUCGACGUUCAUGACGUUUCAUCGCCACAUCUCACGAAUUGUUAUGAUCCAAGUCAUCGUCCAUGCUUCCACAUAUUCGGCCUAUCAAGCUUCUUUUAAAUACUUAACUGCAUCUUGGAAUGAACAUUACUGGCAGAUGGGCGCCAUGGCUAUCCUCGCAAUGGGUUUCAUCCAUAUCUCCUCAUCCGUCUACUUUCGCAUCAAGUUUUAUGACUUCUUCCUCAUAUCACACAAGGCACUUUCUAUUGUCUUUCUUGCAGGAUUAUUCUAUCACGUUGGCCAUUUCACCGGGAAUUAUGAUCCAUUUAUUUGGCCUCUUGUCGGAGUCUGGGUGUUUGAUCGUUCUGUCCGAAUCAUCCGUUUGGCAUAUUGCAACAUGACGCUCUUUCGUUGCAGGAUCAGCAACAAUACGAUGGCAACCUAUAGCAAGCAGUCUGGCCUAAUUAAACUCGAAGUAACGACGACUUCGCGACUUCUGAAGGGCGGAGCAGGGCGACACUUCUUCCUUUACCAGCCAUUGAAGUGGAGAGGCUGGGAAAGCCAUCCCUUCACGUUGGCAGGCUGGAGCACAACUAGUUCUGCAGAUGGACUGGAUACAACACACCCCAGUGAGCUGCCAGAGAAAGCCCAAACAAGCACCACUGCAAGAUUGUUCGCUGACGGUGACACCAUACCAUCAUCGUCAGUGAAAACUCUUAAGCAUCACGAUGGGGGUAACCGUGUUGAAAUAGGUGGAUCUUACGCAAAGAAGCUGACUUUCUACAUUCGACCUCGUGCUGGCUGGACAAUGCGGCUCCGUGAUGAGUGUUUAAGGGCGCCGCCUGGGUCCGUGGUCACUACCAUGCUGCUCGAGGGCUCCUACGGACAGACAAGCCCGAUUCACACGUUUGAGAACGUGGUUUUCAUUGUCGGGGGAAGUGGCAUCACGGUCGCGAUGUCAUAUCUCCAGGAAUACGCUGACAGAGCCAGAGCACGACAAAGUAGUAUUGGUACCGGCGAUAGCUCACGAACACGGCAGAUCACUCUGGUCUGGGUAGCGAGGCAGCCUUCCAUGAUGCGAGAGAUUAUUACAGCUUCUGAGUUCCGGUCCCUUUGUCGACGAGAAUAUGUACAAAUGCUUCUCUUUUCUACUUGUCAGGAAGAAGAGUCUUCAGACGGCAAAGAGCCUGAUAGACAAGAGAAACCAGGUGAUCAAGAAGAAGACACUCCUCUGCGAAUCACGUAUGGGCGGCCAAACAUCACAAAUGAGAUCUCCAGUGCCAUUAAUAAUGUCGCAAACUUACAUUCAGAGACACAGAUUGCUGUCAUAGUAUGUGGCCCAGCGGCCAUGGCGGAUGAGGCCCGAGACGCCGUUCAUAAGACAUUAAAAGAAGGGAAGUGUUUCAUCAAGUACUUUGAAGAGAAAUUUGGGUACGUCAAAUACUUGAAACGAGUAGGCACCGAUAAAUAA